AAUCCUCUACCUACUUUGAAGACCCUCAGGGUACAUUUGGUUUCGUUCGUUCGGUUGCGGUCGAUGAACUCCGGGGUGUUGGGUGCAGAUUAUUUUUCAAAGCGCGUCAGUGUGCCGCAAAGUUAGUGACUGAAAUGGGUGCGAAAGGCUUCGAUCACGAGAUGUCACAAGAGUUGGUGACUGAAAAAACCAAAAUGGUGAAGCAGCAAAUAAUGAAGAAUCCCCACAAAGUCCUACCACAGUUGAUGGCGGCAGUCGUCGGAUCGUGGGGUUACUUUUGCAUGGGCACAGUCAGAGGAUGGGGCUCUCCCGGUCUUCCCUCACUCAACAGAACGCUGGACUUUGAAAUGACCCAAGAUGAUUUCAAAUGGAUUUCUGCAAUGCCCAUGUGUUCUUCCUUCUUUGGAGCUCUGAUUAUCAGCAUACCGAUGCAAUACCUAGGCCGGAAGAAAGCAUUAAUCGGACAUUACUUUUUCUACAUAUUGGGCUCUCUCAUCCUGGGACUCACCUAUUUCGGCAAGCACAAAGCCAUGCUCUAUGUUGGCCGAUUGCUGCAGGGAUUGGGAGUUGGGUGCACCACUCCGGCUUGUCAAAUUUACGUGAGUGAAUGUUCGUCUCCCAGUAUCAGAGGACGAUUGGGAUCGAUAACAGCUUCGUCGUUGGCUCUGGGAAUUUGGGUGGCGUACAUCAUCGGCGCUUUUGUCGAAUGGCACGUGCUGGCUUUUAUCUUCACCGUCCUGCCUUGCAUUUUCCUCCUGUGGACGUGCGCAAUGCCCGAAACACCAAUUUGGCUCCUCACUCACGGUCAUGAAGAUGACGGACGCAAGGCACUCCAGGAACUCCGCGGAAAGAAUACUAACGUUGACGCGGAAAUGUCGAGGAUGAAAGACCAUCACGAGAAAUCGGCCAGCAUCAACGGGCCUAUUCGUUUUAAAGAUCUGAUGAAAGGGCCGAUCCUGAAACCGUUCGGCAUCACGUUGGGUCUCAUGUUCUUCCAACAGGCCACGGGCAUCAACGCCGUCGUCUUCUGGACCGUCAGCAUUUUCCAGUGGGCCGGAAGCAGCAUCGACAGUCGUUACGCCACCAUUAUAGUCGGAGCUAUUCAUUUGCUAUGUUGCAUCGGUUCGGGAUUCCUGGUGGAUCGAUUCGGUCGAAGGGUUCUAUUAUUGGGGUCGGCUGCCGUCACUUCCAUUUCUCUGGCGGCCAUGGGAGUAUUUUUCUACUUCCAGCGGAUCUGGGGCGAAGCGGAUGCCACUCUGCAUCUGGGCUGGCUACCGCUGGUAUCUCUGAUGGUCUUCAUGGCGGCUUAUUCGUGCGGAUUGAGUAAUGUCCCCUUCAUCGUCAUGGGUGAAUUGUUUCCCACCAGAUACCGGACGUUUCUGGGCACCAUUUCUUCUUCGUUCAACUUGAUCGUCACUUUGAUUGUCGUCCGAUUCUUCCCCGACAUGUUGACCGGAUUGGGCAAAGAUGUGACCUUCUUCGUCUUCACUGGCUGCACUUUGACGUGCAUCGUUUUUGUCUAUUUUCUUCUGCCGGAGACCAAAGGCAAAACCCUGGAAGACAUGGAGCAGCUUUUCAGCAACAACGUCCCAAAAGUAAAAAAGAUUCCGGAAGAAGAGGACGAAGAAGCUGUUCCGGAAGUCAGCACGCAGCUCGUGACCAUCAGUAAUGGCCAAUGCGGAUUGGUCGGCCAUAAUAUCCUGCCUACGACAGAAGAAAUAGAAAACGAUGAAGUAUUUGCCACUUUUUGAUCAAGCAUAGACUGAUUUUCACAGCGGAUUGACUCCAGUGCAAUUCGAUUACAUGUUACACGUUUCUUCAUAAUAUUAUAAGGUGCUAUCGAUGACAUUCCUAGAGCUAUUUUUAUAUUCGUGAUGUACCACGUGUUUGUUUUGUUUUUUAGCCAAAGGUUGAUAACUUUAUUAAUAAAAAUGUUUCCUGUU